AUGAAGUUCCUCAAGGUCGGCCGAGUCGCCAUCGUCACCCGCGGUAGAUAUGCCGGCAAGAAGGUUGUGAUCAUCCAGCCCGUCGAUACCGGCAACAAGUCUCACCCGUACGGCCACGCCAUAGUCGCCGGCAUCGAGCGCUACCCGUCCAAGAUCACCCGCCGCAUGUCCAAGACGAGGCAGGAGAAGCGCAGCAAGGUCAAGCCCUUCAUCAAGGUCGUCAACUACAACCACUUGAUGCCCACCCGUUACACCCUAGAGCUCGAGGGCCUCAAGGGUGCCAUCUCAGCAGACACCUUCAAGGAGGUCAGCCAAAGAGAGGAGGCCAAGAAGACUGUCAAGAAGACCCUGGAGGAGCGCUACACGAGCGGCAAGAACCGGUGGUUUUUCACCCCUCUGAAAUUUUAA